UCACUCUUUAUUAAAGAGAGUAAUGGCAACGCUACCAAAUCCCCUCUUCGUCUUCUCCGAUAGAAAAAAAAUAAGAAAAAAGAUUCUGUAAAUUCCAAAUCGAGCCAUCUAUCUCGAUCUUGUCCUCAUUCUGUUAGGGUUUCCUGGAGCUCAAUUCAGCUACAGAGGCGAUCUGGAAUUUUCUCGCUGAAUUAGAGAAUUUGUACAGACAGGUUUAAUUCUUUUGGUGAAAUUUUCACAUGUAGAGCAUGCAGAAGUUCCUGCACGAUGUUAGUUCGUUGAGAAUAUUGCAGCAGCAACCUCCGAAUCAUAUGGGUAGUAGACGUUCUCAAAUAGCAACUGGACAGCACUCUUCCCCUACUGUAUAUCCAAUAAAAAGAGGCAAAAUAAAAUCUUCAAGGCAAAAAGAGACCAAUGCUGUUACUGAUGAUCCUGAAAAGGCAAAGGCUUCUGAGCACAGAAUUGAUGUAGGAGACGAGAACUCCAAUUUGUUGGGAUAUAAUGUUUACUCUGGGAAGCUUUCCCUUGUUAAAAAAUCUAAAAGCUCAAAUGCUGAUGAGAAAACUGGAUUUGCAGCUGCAAACCUUGAUAGUACUGAUGCCAAGCUUUCAAGCAAAGCACUCGUUUGGGGAUCUCAAAUGUUGUGUUUUGAGGAUGUUAUAUCUGUAUCUUACAGUUCUGGUGUACGACAUUUCACGGUGCACUCAUAUAUCCACAGGAAAUCACGACUUCCAUGUAUUUUCAAACCGCAAAGAAGUCAAAAGGAUUUUUGUUUCUUGGCUUCUAGUCUAGAAGAAGCCAUUCAGUGGGUUAGCGGUUUUGCGGAUCAGCAAUGUUUCGUGAAGUGCUUACCUCAUCCCAUGGCCUCGUCCAAGAAGUCCUCUGACUUACUUGCAAGCAUUCCAUUCUUUGAUCAACAACCAAUAAAAUGUAAAAGUCCACCAAGAGUUCUUGUGAUACUAAAUCCUAGAUCUGGACAUGGUCGUUCUACUAAGGUUUUCCAUGGAAAAGUGGAGCCAAUUUUUGAGCUUGCAGGUUUCAUAAUGGAGGUGGUCAAAACUACAUCUGCUGGCCAUGCACGGAAACUUGCGUCUACUCUUGAUUUCAGCACAUGUCCUGAUGGAAUUAUAUGCGUUGGUGGUGAUGGGAUUGUAAAUGAGGUCCUAAAUGGUUUACUGAGUAGAGAAAACCAGAGGGAAGCCAUUUCAAUUCCUAUUGGCAUUAUACCUGCUGGUUCUGACAAUUCACUAGUUUGGACUAUUUUGGGAGUAAGAGAUCCUAUUUCUGCUGCAAUGACUAUCGUUAAGGGCGGUCUCACUGCUACUGAUGUUUUUGCUGCAGAAUGGAUCCAGUCUGGGAUUAUUCACUAUGGAACAACAGUUUCAUAUUUUGGUUUUCUCAGUGACGUCUUGGAGCUUUCUGAGAAAUACCAGAAACGCUUUGGCCCUCUUCGCUAUUUUGUUGCUGGGUUUCUUAAGUUUCUGUGCUUGCCUAAGUACAAGUUUGAAUUAGAGUAUCUUCCAAUGUCAGAAGAGGUAUUAAGUGAUCAAAAGCUUAUGGAAGAUCAUGAUAAGAUUGAUAUGUCUGACCUCUAUACAGACAUAAUGAGUAGGUCACGAAGAGAAGGCCUUCCCAGGGCUUCCAGUUUAUCCAGUAUUGAUUCAAUUAUGACUCCUUCAAGAAUGUCUGGUGACUUGGACACAACUAGUAGUACACUGGCGAACAGUGAACCAUCUGAGUUUGUUCGUUGCCGUGAUCCUAAAUCAAAACGUCUAUCUUUGGGAAGGAGUAAUCUAGUGCCAGACACAGAAGAAGUUAUUCACCCGCAACCUCCCUUAUCAGCCACUCCGAACUGGCCGAGGACCAGAUCAAAGUCUCGGACAGACAAAGGUUGGACCGGCGUAAAUACUGUAAAUGAUUCAAGGUCAUCAUGGGCAGCCACAGGAACAAAUGAUAGAGAAGAUAUUUCCUCAACAAUCUCUGAUCCUGGCCCAAUCUGGGAUGCUGAGCCUAAGUGGGAUACAGAGCCAAAUUGGGACACUGAGCGUAACUGGGAAACAGAGAACCCUAUUCAACUUCCAGGACCACCAGAUGACAUAGAGCAAGGAACAACUGAGGAGCUCGUCCCCAAAUUAGAGGAUAAGUGGGUUGUUAAGAAGGGAACAUUUCUGGGUGUUCUAGUAUGCAACCAUUCAUGCAAGACUGUUCAGAGUUUAAGUUCUCAGGUUGUUGCUCCGAAAGCUAAGCAUGAUGAUAAUACCCUGGAUUUGCUAUUGGUCCAAGGAAGUGGGAGAUUGCGACUACUGAGGUUUUUUAUCCUUUUGCAGUUUGGCCGACAUCUUUCACUGCCAUAUGUUGAAUAUGUUAAGGUGAAAUCUGUGAAGCUCAAGGCCUCCGGAAACAAUCAGAAGGGGUGUGGAAUUGAUGGGGAACUUCUUAAAAUGAAUGGCCAAGUCAUGUGUUCUUUGCUACCUCAACAAUGCAGAUUGAUGGGGCGUCCAGUAAAAGAUCCUAUAUAGCUUUGAGACUUAGCAUAUUUUAUCAAAUGUGUCUGCUUUAUUUCACUUCCUGCAACUUUGAAAGGUGUAGUAGUGAAACACGCAGAGCAUCUUCAUUUUGAUGCGCCGAAUUCUUUGAUUCUGAGGCUUCUGUAUAUUACGUGCUUGUCCAUUCUGAUUUUUCUUCCUUUUUGUCCUCUUGAUCGGUGUAUUGUUUGCUUCGGCUGUUUGGUCCAUUCCUUGUAGGGUUUUGGGGAUUUCAUUUGUCUUCAGAGUUCCAAUGAAGACGCUUGUAUUAUAGGAGCCUUUUAGUACAUGAAUUUUCUAUUUAUUGUAUUGCAUCUGGAGCUGAGCAUUCAUGUUGAUGCUAUAUAUAUAAAGUAUUUGUCAUAUUUAUUUCAA